AUGGAAAAUCCUGAAGUGGCUGUGAGCAGCUGCAGUGCUCAUGAUGAUGAAAAUCUUUGCAGCCCCAAACGACAACCAUCAGUAUCACAGGAGGGGCUUUUGGAAGACCAGCUUAGAAGAAAGUUAAAAUUCUUCUUCAUGAACCCGUGUGAGAAAUUCUGGGCCCGAGGCAGGAAACCGUGGAAACUUGGGAUUCAGCUACUCAAAAUAGCGAUGGUUACUGUUCAGCUGGUGGUUUUUGGAUUGAGCAAUCAAAUGGUGGUUGCCUUCAAAGAAGAGAACACUGUUGCAUUCAAACAUCUCUUCUUGAAAGGAUACAUGGACAGAAUGGAUGAUACCUAUGCUGUGUACACACAAACAGAUGUCUAUGACCAGAUAUUCUUUGCAAUAAACCAGUACUUACAGCUGCCCAACAUCUCUGUUGGAAACCAUGCUUAUGAGAAGAGAGGAGCAGAAGAGACAGCUCUGGCUGUGUGUCAGCAGUUCUACAAGCAAGGAACCAUCUGUCCUGGAAAUGACACCUUUGAUAUAGACCCAGAGAUUGUGACUGACUGCUUGUACAUUGAGCCAAUGACGCCGUUAGACCACACAACAGUGGGAAAGCACAAUUUGAAUUUCACUCUGGAUUUCCACAGACUGGUGACAGUGCAGCUCAUGUUCAAUCUGAAGGCAAUCAACCUCCAGACCGUUCGUCACCAUGAACUCCCUGACUGUUAUGAUUUCACUCUGAGGAUAGUGUUUGAUAAUAAAGCACAUAGUGGAAGAAUUAAAAUAAGUCUAGACAACGACAUAGCAAUCAGGGAAUGUAGAGACUGGCAUGUUUCUGGAUCAAUACAGAAGAACACUCAUUACAUGAUGAUCUUUGAUGCUUUUGUUAUAUUGACUUGUCUGGCCUCAUUGAUCCUUUGCACACGAUCAGUGGUUAAAGGAAUUCGGCUCCAAAGGGAAUUUGUAAGCUUUUUCCUAUAUUAUUAUAAGAAAGAAGUAUCUUUCAGUGAUCAAAUGGAAUUUGUCAAUGGAUGGUACAUCCUGAUUGUGGUUAGCGAUGUCUUAACUAUUGUUGGAUCAACUCUAAAGAUGGAGAUACAAGCCAAGAGUCUGACAAGUUAUGAUGUCUGUAGCAUACUCCUAGGAACAUCCACUCUGCUUGUGUGGCUUGGAGUCAUUCGCUACCUAGGUUUCUUUCAGAAGUAUAAUAUUCUCAUCCUAACACUGCGAGCAGCAUUACCCAAUGUAAUGAGGUUCUGCUGUUGCGCUGCUAUGAUCUACCUGGGCUAUUGUUUCUGUGGAUGGAUUGUACUGGGACCAUACCAUGUGAAGUUUCGCUCUCUGAACAUGGUUUCCGAAUGCCUUUUUUCAUUGAUCAACGGAGAUGACAUGUUUGCCACCUUUGCAAAAAUGCAGCAGAAAAGUUAUUUGGUUUGGUUAUUCAGUAGGAUCUACCUUUACUCCUUCAUCAGUCUGUUCACCUAUAUGGUGCUGAGUCUCUUCAUUGCACUUAUUACAGAUACGUAUGAAACUGUCAAGCACUACCAGCAAGAUGGCUUCCCAGAGACAGAACUUCAGAGAUUUAUAUCACAGUGCAAAGACUUACCAAACUCUGGCAGGUACAGGUUAGAGGAGGAGAGUUCUGCAUCUCUCUUCUGUUGUUGUAACGGUUGUAGUGAACAUAUUUAAUGGAUUGUGGGAG